AUGCUGGGAUUGGUUGGGGCACUCUGUAGCCGUAUCAUUCUCUCGGUUCAAUCGGGAAUUCUCCGAACGGGACGUUUCCUGCUCUUACUGUCGCUUCUACUUUCACUGGCGUACUCGUUUGGCUGGCUGCAUCGCUUGCUUUGGCAUCUGGUGGAAUCGGCACUUUCCAAAGCACUCAACGGUACACCCGUCACGAUUGGCAGCCUACAAUUCGAUCUCGUACGGGGCCGCCUUUCAGCCUCCAACUUAAUUCUACACUCGCCACGAAGGGACGAAUGGAAAUGGCAGAGUCCCGUCCUGGCCCGCAUUGGCAAACUCUACGUCAAGACCAACGUCGUAUACUUUCUCUUUUCCGACUGGAUCCUCGGAGAAGAGGCUCCUCUCGAAAUAUAUACUCUGCAACUGUCGGACAUUCAAGUCUUUGUGGAACGCCAGCAGAGUUUCUUCAAUUUUUAUCUCCUGGAUCCGCACAAUAUUCUACCGGAUCCGGCUACGUUGGACUUGGACGGACCCGGUCCUACACCACGACCAGGACCCUACUCGGAUCAGUCCCGUACUCGUCGAAUGCUCGGCAUCGCAUCGCCGUCGCCACCCGCGGCGGGGUUGGACAACGAUUCACGCGUCGACAUUUCUUCCGAUCCGAGCGACCACCACGCCCAAAAAGUCGUAUCCGACAUGAUCAAGGCCGUGCACGACUUGGGCAAGGCCGCACAGUACGGAUCCUUGCAAGGGGCUCUGGACUCACACCGUCAAACAAUCACGUCGCAACUUCGAAAACUCAAAGCGUCCAAAAAGACGGACGCUAUGCAAGAAGGGGUACGGAUUGUCCAGCAAGUUUCCAAACAGGUCGUGGAACAAACCAGAGGCGUCAAGGAGCGAGGGAUCUUACCCUCCCGACGGACGCUGCCCAGUAACAACAGGACACUUUACGCUCGGAUAGGUCGGGUAGUACUGGAAGAUGCCCGAGUAUUCACCCGAGACCAGUUCGACGAAGACAAGAGGUCGAGCGCAUCGUCUUGGAACAAGCCGAUUGUACUACAAUCCUUCAUAAUCAAGUCGGCUGAAUUCUGCCCACCACUGGCUGCCAAAGACGAUGAAGGAUAUCCUUUGCUAUAUCAGCCGAUCAAUGCCCUGCUAGACGUGGUGUGGAAACGAAUUUUAGGCGAAAUAGCCAAGUCGAACACCAAUAUACUAUUGCAAACUGCAGUCGGGGAAGUCUUGGACUUCUGGAUGGAGAAAGAAAUUGCCACACUACCCGAGUGA